CUACAUUAUAAUGCAACGAACCUCCCUUUUAACCACAAACCGAAUUUGCUUUCAUUUAGGCUAUAUAUAUUUCUUAAAUAGGUUAAAGUCAUAGAGAUUUUUUUUUUUGGAAUAGCACUUCGCCCUGGAGCGGUGCGCAAUGCUAUCUCAUGCCGACCUCCUGGAUGCUCGCCUCGGUGAGUUAUCAUCACCAAACUCCGGUCUUCAACUCUACUGGAUGAAGGAUGCCGCGGCGGAGCUCCUGGGCCACAGGGAGGCUUUGAAGUGCAGGCUCGGCGGGGGAGGACCUGACCCAGGGCACUCCGGGGAGCUCGGCCCGGGCCCGGACGGCGUGGAAGGGGCAACGAUGCUCCCGGGUGAUGAUAUCAGCAGCGGCGGAGGAUCCAACCCGGGGCAGGUCAACAGCAAGGAACAGGAGAAGCAGCAGCAACAGCAGCAGCAGAACAACAACCCCAACCAGUCCGGAGGGCAGCAGACCCAGAAACAGAAGCGGCACCGGACCCGCUUCACCCCGGCGCAGCUCAACGAGUUGGAGAGGAGCUUCGCCAAAACGCACUAUCCAGAUAUCUUCAUGCGGGAGGAGCUGGCUCUGAGGAUCGGCCUGACGGAGUCCAGAGUGCAGGUCUGGUUUCAGAACCGUCGCGCCAAGUGGAAGAAGCGCAAGAAGACCACCAACGUCUUCCGGGCUCCGGGGACUCUGCUGCCGACGCACCACGGCCUGCCUCAGUUCCCGUCCGCCGCGGCAGCUGCGGCGGCCAUGGGCGACAGCCUCUGCUCCUUCCACGCCAAUGACACCCGCUGGGCCACGGCAGGGAUGCACGGUGUGUCUCAGCUGCAGCUACCGCCUGCUCUGGGCCGCCAGCAGGCCAUGGCGCAGUCCCUGUCUCAGUGUAGUCUCGGCGCCGGGCCGCCGCCCAACUCCAUGGGUCUAUCCAACAUGUCGUCGAACGGCUCCGGGCUUCAGUCACACCUCUACCAACCCACUUUCCCCGGGAUGGUACCCGCGUCCCUGUCGGGCCCGACCAACGUGACCGGCUCACCUCAGCUGUGUAGUUCCCCGGAGAGUGACGUCUGGAGAGGGACAAGCAUCGCCUCGCUGCGCCGCAAAGCGCUGGAGCACACAGUAUCCAUGAGUUUCACCUAGUAACGAGGGGCCAGCGUGAAGAGCUUUUCUUUCACUCACACAGAGGUCUUCUGCGUUUAGUUCUUAUUCAUCCAGUCCAUCCAAACGGCGCACUGGGACAAAUACUACCAGGAUACUUGUUCAAAUAACAAAUCGCAGAGCUUCAUACCUGGCAUUUUUUUGCUCCAAAAUCAAAAACAAGAUGGAACACUGAAGCUAUUUAUCCGGCCAGUUGGCCUUUAUCAAGCAUAGGACUGGUUCUGUUUGAAGCUAUAAUUUAUUAUUUCGCAUGUAGCCUAUGGCAACUAUUUAUUUGUCUAUUUAAAUUAUUUGUUCUGUAUUUAUUUAUUUGGCACAUGCAGCCCUCACUUUGAUUGCUGCGGGGCUUUCAGUGACAUUUGCUUGGUGACUGACGGUUUUUGAAGACAAAUUCUGUGGAUACUUUAAUACAAAAUCUAGGUUACACAUCCCUUUUCCACCUGCUGCACAGCAUGCAACGGUGAGGGGCCACAGGGAUGCACAGUGGACGUGCAGACACAAGACACCUGGAGGUUUAAAGGAACAUGAGAGAGAGAGAGAGAGAGAGAGAGAGAGAGAGAGAGAGAGAGAGAGAGAGAGAGAGAGAG